AUGAAUUCAAAUGUGAAAGCAGAUUCUUGGAAAGUUGGUGGAACGUCGGCAGAGAGUUCGAAGAAGGCGGAAUCUGGCAAUUCCCAAAACCAGGCCGAUGCCUCAAACUUCUGCAUCGUCCUCAAAAAAAAUGGACAGGAGUUCAAAAGUUUGGAGCUGGAAGAAGCGGGCAUGGCCAAGACGCUGAAGUGGAUGGAGGACACAUUCGAGAGGGCUCCCAGGCAUAUCAACAUCAAAUGCGAGCCAAUCUCGGAUGAUGAAAAUCCCACCACCGCCAACUCCAACACUCCAACCACGCCAACUACCCCAGAAAACACAGAAGAUCCAUUCGAGGGACCCAGCUAUGCCACGAGGCUUCCCUACAUGUACUUGGCCGUUCAUAACAUCCUUGACCAAGCCAACUACCUCUUCAAAAAUCUGGAUGGACUGGAGCAAGGAAUUCCAAAUCCGCUUUACCAAAACUGGAAGCAAACGGUUCAGUCCACCGGAAAUUUUCCGCAGUUGAGCUGGAACCAACAAGCCCCAGAAGCUAUGCCCAUCAAACAAAAAUCUGAAGCUAAUGGAACGAAGCCUCACAACAACACCACUCACCACCGACAGUUUGAUUCAAGCAGAAGACGCGAGGAGAGACACCAGGCUGCCCCAUACCAAACGAGAAGUGCGUAUGGACGGUACAGAGACAGCUGGCGCCCAUGGCAGUCACAGCAAGAUGCACGGAAUACGUAUAAUGUCGAGCGAGAACGUUCCCGACACGAUUCCGAGAAAGGACGCGGAGCCUCGAACUCCCAUCGCCAGGGACGCUAA